UUGACAGUAGCAAAUGCAAAACAUUAAUAAAUUCUUUAAAGUUUAUUUAGUUAGGAAAUACUUAUUUGAUAAUUAUUCACGGGUAUUCCGCAGCUCUGGAUCACAAUUGCUGAAGCCUAAAACCUAAAUAAUGGAUGAAAUAGAAAUAAAAUAUGAGUUUCCUAAUGAAGAGAAUCAAUGCUCAGUCUGUUUAAGCAUUGGAAGGAAAUUAUCUCCUUUACAGCAGUAUCUGAAUGUGUUUAAACUACUUAUUUCUGAUUUAGAAGUUUAUAAUACUAUUCCUUUAGAAAGUAUAAGAUUAUGCUGGGAGUGUAUUGCAUUUCUCCACAGAGCUGUCAGGUUUCAGCAGCAAGCUGUGAAAGCUAAUGAAAUGCUACUGUUGGGUCAGAGCUACCUCUUCGGCACACAGUCCAGUCUCACAACGAUCACACUGAACGACUCGCACCCACAUACAAUAUACAUAAACGAUAUCAACAUACAGACGGAUAUAAAGACAUGUGACAAAUGUAGUGAUGAUGAGGAUGUUGUUGAUGAUAGAAGCGCUCAUGAUGACAAGGAGUUUGAAGCUGUUCAUGAUGAUUUGAAAGAAGAAAUUGUGGUUGAAACUACAGAACCAGAGAAAAAACCGAAAAACAACCGCUGGGCGAAAAAGAGAGCGUUACAAAAUAAAAAACCGAAAUUCAAAAUUAUUAUUAAAGACAAGAACUGCUUUAGAAGAGUACAGAUAGAUGAUGCUGAUGUUCGAAAAUGUAUGGAGAGUGAAAGAGACAGCGAAUAUUUUAAGUCAAAGAGAUACAAGUGUGAUAAUUGUGUCCUAGUGUUUGAAAACGAAGAGGUUUUACUGAAACAUAAUGGAAUGUUUCAUGAAAAGGCAACCCAAUACACAUGUGACAUAUGUACGUCCCAUAUAAAAACGAGGAGUCGGCUUUCUGAACAUAUAUCGCGUCAUUAUGUGAAGUAUAUAUGUAGUAUAUGUGAAUAUACAUGUUAUAGUAAAUCACAUAGACUAUAUCAUAUAGAGAAGGUACAUAGACGAUUGUUCCAGUGUCUGAAAUGUCGAUUGAAGUUUGGGAGUAGAAGAGAAUUCUUCAAGCAUUACAAGGAUUGGCACGAGAAGUUUAUAUGUGAUUACUGCGGCAUCACGUUCAAAAUGCGCUACUGUAUUAAGGAUCAUAUUAGAAAACAACACUCUCCCUUCGAAUGCAAGCCGUGCAACAAGAAAUGGGCUCGAUACAACGGUCUAUGGCUUCACAACAAAACUACGCACACGGUGCAUAACACGGCGUACUGUGUCGAGUGUGACAGACAGUACCGGGACAUAUAUAGGUACAGGUGGCAUAUAGCCAACAGUACUAGGCACACGAAGCAUAAGAAACAUAGGAUCCCAUGCCCGGGUUGCGACAAGAUCUUCUCAAAGAACAUCUACAUGAAAGAUCACUACAACUUAGUACAUUUGAAGUGUUACAAAUAUCGAUGCGAGCAGUGUGACAAGGUUAUUUCAAACUUUAUUCGUAACGCAGACUUAGUGAAGCACACCAGACGAGUCCACGAAGGUAUAUUGCCGCCGAAAAAUAAAAUAUGCUAUAUGUGCGGCCGCGGUUUUACCACAAACAAGAUCCUGACAAACCACCUCCGCACCCACACUGGAGAGAAGCCCCACGCGUGCAACAUAUGUAACGCGCGGUUCGCACAGAGCACCGCCUUGUCCGCACACGCUAGAGCCAUACACCAUACUAGCAAAACUACGUAGCUAAUGUGUUAAUAUUGGUACUGUUGUAUGUUUAUACAAAUAAACUAAGUGUGGGAGAGCCAUGCUUCGACACGAAUGGGCCGGCUCGACCGGAGUGAUACCACGGCCGAACAGGAAACCGACGUGAAACAGCGCUUGCGUUGUGUGAGUGAGGUUACCGGAGGCCCAAUUCCCCCCUUCCCAAUCUUCCCAAUCACCGAUUCCUCAACAACCCUUGAAUUCCUAAUCCCCAAAAAGCUGGCAAUACACUUGUAACGCCUCUGGUGUUUCAAGUGUCCAUGGGCGGCGGCGAUUGCUUACCAGGUGAUACGUAUGCUCGUUUAUGGCGUUUAUAAAAAAGUUUUAAAGAUGUAAGCAUACAAAGGGACAUAGGGACAGAGAAAGGGACUUUGUUUUAUACUAUGUAGUGAAGCUGGUAAAUGGGCUGACGGAUCACCUGAUGGUAAGUAAUCGCCGUGAAAAAGUGGAUGUUACAUUAAGAGGACAUUAGAGGUCUCCCUAUAAUUUAUUUAUUAUAUGAAAUUGUAAUAUUUAUAUGAAUAAAUUGAUCUUAUAUUAAUUUUAAACUUAA